CUAUAGCCAAUCCACUUAAGAACAUGUGAAUCUGAAUAACUUCAUUCGCUAACCUUCGUCUUUCCAACUCAUCCCUCCACCACCAUUCCUUUCUCCUCCUUUCUCCUUUACUUAAUGCCGUCUUCCUCCUCUUCUACCUUCCUCAUUUCCAUUCCCUAGACUCUUCCUUGCCAUGGCGGAUUGGGGUCCGGUCUUUGUGGCGGUGGUGCUCUUCGUUCUCCUAACCCCCGGAUUGCUCGUUCAGAUGCCUGGGAAGAAUCGCUUCAUCGAGUUUGGGAACUUCCAGACCAGCGGAGUCUCCAUUCUGGUUCAUUCCGCUCUCUAUUUUGCCUUGAUCUGCAUCUUCUUGCUGGCUGUUGGUGUUCAUGUUUAUAUGGGCUCCUUCGACCGCGACCGACCCGCCAAUUCUGUGGGCCAUCAACCCCCUGGCCCACGGGGGCCCAUUUACCACUUCAUUUACGAGCUCCUCAACAGAAAAGUGAACUCUGCUGAAUUCAAUUUCUCUUCUUCUUCUUCUUCUUCUUCUUCUUCUUCUUCUUCCCCAUCGCGUUACUGCAAGACCAAGUCGCUUCACGUUUUGCUACUUUGGAUAUUUCUCUCUUUACGUCUAGUGAAGUACGAAAUCUGGGAAAGGAUGUCGGAUUGGGCACCGGUAGUGAUUGGAGUUGUACUGUUCGUACUGCUCUCUCCAGGGCUUCUGUUCCAGUUUCCGGGGAAUAAUCGACAGUUUGAGUUUGGGAGUAUGAAGACCAACGGCAAGGCCAUCGCCAUUCACACGCUCAUCUUCUUCAUCCUUUACGCCGUCUUCAUUCUCGCUCUCCGUAUCCACAUCUAUACUGGCUGAUCCGGUAACCUCUUAUUCUCGUCUCUUUCCGUUUUCAUUCGAGAUUGUUACCAACUGGAGUUGCUGCAAUCUUGGUGAUGUUUGUGCCGCCUUGUGUUUUGUAUUUCUUUUCGAGGCGGAUCUUGUUUGAUCUGUCUGGAUUUGCGAUUUGUGUAUGUGUAGUCGGAGACUCGGAAGAGAUAAAGGAAUUUUGUUUGUUAAUUUCGUUUUUACAUACGCCUAUCCCUCCAUUGCUAGUA